GCUGCUGCUGCUGCUCCCUGACGGGGCCAUUCCUUCCCUUGCAAAAGACAAGAGUUCUUUUCGGACUGUAUCCCUCCCCGUUGCCGUCAGACAUUCAUGAGGCAGCCUCCCCCGGGAGACGUCGAGAUGGCGCUCAGCGGCACCCUGCUCCCCUCCAUCGCCACCUUCGCCGCCGCCGGGACAGCAGCCAGCAGGGAGAAGGCCCUCCGACAAGCCGCCGCCUGCAACAAGUGGAGAGAGGAUCUAUCUCACCUCAAGAGGUUCCCACCUGUGCUGACAGGGCGACCCUAUGACUUGUCUUCUGAACUGGAAAACACCAGCAACAUCAACGGUAGUGUGAUGUCACGGCGAGAGACAGAGGAGCUGAAUGAGCUGCUGGACUUUGACUUCAUCCUCUCCAACUCUCUCAUGCCCCAGGAGCAACCCACAGCUGCCGCAGCCGUGGUGAGCUCUGUCCCUGGCUCCUCGCCCUCUGUGACUGGCAACACCUGCCCUUCCGUGACCACCUGCGACUUCACCUACCAGCUGCAAAGAGGGGAUCAUGCUGGAGGCAUCCUGUACAACAGGGAGCAGGCCCCAGCUGCCCCCUUCAACCUGUCCGAUAUCAACGACGUGUCCCCUUCGGGUGGAUUUGUAGCUGAGCUGAUGAGGCCAGAUCUGGACCCUGUCUAUAUGCAGCAGCAACAGCCGCCCUUACUGGGCAGCCUGCAUGGGAAGUUUGUGGUGAAAGCCACUGUGAACAUGGGGGAGUACAAUAACCACAUCAGUGUUAGCAGCAAGAACAACACGGCUGCAACUUCCCCUUGUGCAGAUGGCCCUGUGCCGCCUCCUGGCUAUAACCACAUGCCCACAAUGUGCCCCAAAAUCAAACAGGAGGCCGCCCCUUCUUGCACCAUUGGCCAGCCCCAUGGAAAUACUCCAAGGGCACAGCCACACGAUUUCACCUUGGGCCGGCCACUGCCUAGCAGGACUAAUCCUCCCUUGACUCCAGAGGAGAUGAUGAGUAACAGAGACUGCCAUUCUUCCCCACAAGGCUUAAGCCACUCGGGUUUGCCGGUUCCUCCGGGCUACCACCCCGGCCCAGGAUAUCCUCCUCCUUUCCUUCCAGAGCAACUGCCACCAAGUGCACUCCAGUAUCAAGGUCAGUCUUGCUAUCUAAAUGUUUUUGGAGAGCUUUUAAGCAUGCCUCGUGUGAUGCAAGGGAUGAUGCUGACUCCGCCCUCUUCACCUCUAGAGCUCAUGCCUUCAGGGGGCUGCAUCUCUGAAGAGACCAAACCAAAGAGGGGACGAAGGUCGUGGCCCAGGAAAAGGACCGCUACACACACGUGCGACUACGCCGGCUGUGGGAAAACGUACACAAAGAGUUCGCAUCUCAAAGCACACCUGCGGACCCACACAGGUGAGAAGCCGUAUCAUUGUGACUGGGAAGGCUGCGGCUGGAAGUUUGCCCGCUCCGAUGAACUCACGCGCCACUACAGAAAACACACGGGCCACCGCCCUUUCCAGUGCCAGAGGUGUGACAGAGCAUUCUCCAGGUCUGACCACCUUGCCUUACACAUGAAGAGACACUUUUAAAACAGGACACAGUGGACUUUUUUCUUUUACUGCCAUGCGCUAUUCAGUAUUUGACAGCACAAAAGACUGUCUUCCACAAGAGGGGAGCACUCCACUUAAAAAGCACUACGAGGAAUUCCAGUGAAGUCUUCCAAAAAAAAUUAAGUGUGGACAAUUUUUUAAAAAUCAUGGGACUCAUUUUUUUCCACAAAAAAAGCAAGGGAACAAUGACUGGAUUUUGUUUUCAUCAUUCCAUUUUUUUUUAAAAAAAAUCUGACUUGAAUCUUUUCUGGACUACAGAAUGCCAAGGGUUGACUGGAAGUCAAGGAAAUCAGGGUUAAAAUAAUCUGUUGUGGGGAGGGAACAAUGGGGGCCUACGUAGGGAGAUUAUGGGUGAAAACAGAUGAAACAUUGGUAGAGCCAUGUAGCCACUUUAGAAACUUCUUUACCACAUUCUCCAAAGCUAAGGUCUCCAAAGGCUAAUACUAUUUCAUGGAUGUCCAGUUCAGAUGCAGCUUUACUCUCCCUGACGCCCCUCUCUUCUCAACUGAAAUUCCUAGGGGAGAUUUGCAAUAGUUUUGAAAGCUUUUGUAUUUAAGGAAACAGAUUAAGGAUAGAAUAUACUUCUACUUAGGCUGCAUGGCGCAAUGGGUUAGACUGCUGAGCUGCUGAACUUGCUGACCGCAAUGUCGAACCAGGUAGCGGGGUGAGCCCCAGCUUCUGCCAACCUAGAAAUUCAAAAACAUGCAAAUGUGAAUAGAUCAAUAGGUACCACUUUGGCAGGAAGAUAGCAGCACUCCGUGCAGUCAUGCCGGCCACAUGACCUUGGAGGUGUCUAUGGACAACACCGGCACUUAGGCUUAGAAAUUGAGAUGAGCACCACCCCACAGAAUCAGACACGACUAGACUUAAUGUCAAGGGAAACCUUUACCUUUACUUAUACUGCUACUUAAAUGAAAAGGAAGUACAAUAAAGGGAAGUUGCAACCUUUAAAACAAGUAGAAGUAAUAUCUGAUGCCAAACUCACCAUCUGACUUCAUGGAAAUUCUGUCAUGCCAAUUCCAAAACCAGGAACACAUCCAAUUUUAACCUGAAGAAAAUCCAUGGUUAUGGCUCUUAAAAUGCUUCAUCUGUCUUCUUCACCCUUGAAUUCCCUUAAAAUGUCUUUUCAAUGCAAUAUUGUAAACAUGUUGCAGACUUGCAAUUUCUUUUUCCUCCCAAAAGCCAUUGCUAAACUUUUGCCAGAUGAGGAAGAAGAAAUUCAGGUACAGAUUUGUGGUUAAAAACCUAUUUUAAUGGUGCUGAAUGACUUUUGGUUCUUAAGGUACCAAAAAAAAAAGGAAGCCAAAGUUCUCAAACUGCUGCAUAUUCGACAAGGAAAUACGUUUGUCUUCCGAUCUACAUUUAAUGAUGACCUAAGUCAGGUUAAUAAACCUGGUUUAUUUGUGUUUGUGUCUCUUUUUUAAUCUUCUAUGCAGACAGUCUGUAAUGCACUGUGGUUUCAAUGUGCAAUAAUUCGUACAAUGGUUUAUUCCCAAAUAUGCCUUAAGCAGAACAAAUGUGUUUUUUUCUAUAUAGUUCUUUACUUAAUAAAUAUGUAAUAUAAAUUUAAGGAGACUUCUAUUUUGUAUAUUUGUAAACUAUGAAGUGAAAAAAUGAACAUUUUGUCAGAGUUUGUAUUUUGCAUAGUCAUUUCGCUGAAAAUAACUUUUAAAUAAACCUAUUUUAUCUGAA